AUAAUACAACUUGGUUCUUGCACAAUACGCAAAAAUCUGAGGAAUUGUAAGAAGUGAGUCUGAAAACUAGUCAAAUAUCUAUAAAUAUGGUCUGAGAACUAGAAAGAAAGAAAAAGCUGAAACCCAACCAAUUUAACGAUGGCAGAAGCAGUAAAGAGGUAUGCAGUUGUGACAGGAGCUAACAAAGGGAUUGGAUUUGGCACAGUUAAGCAGUUGGCUUCCAACGGCAUCGUAGUUGUGUUAACUGCUAGAGAUGAGAAGAGGGGUCUUGAAGCUCUUGAAAAACUGAAAGAUUUUGGCAUUUCUGAUGUCGUUGUUUUUCAUCAGCUUGAUGUAACAGAUUCUGUUAGUGCUGCUAGAUUGGCGGAUUUUGUCAAAACCCAAUUCGGAAAACUCGAUAUCUUGGUAAACAAUGCAGCAGUUGUUGGAAGCAUAGUAACCCCUGAAGAUUUCAAAUCAGCUUCAAGUGGUAAGAGGCCUGAAGAAAUCAAUUGGAGUGAAAUACCGACCAUACCAAACGACGAGGUAGCGGAACAAUGCCUGAAGACAAACUACUAUGGUACCAAGAGUGUGACUGAAGCGCUUUUGCCCCUCCUCCAGCUGUCUGAUUCUCCAAGAAUCGUUAAUGUUUCUUCCGGUGUUGGUAAACUAAUGAAUUUUCCAAAUGGAUGGGCGAAAGAGGUACUAAGUGAUGCCGAGAGACUUACAGAAGAGAAGAUAGAUUCUGUGUUGAUUAUAUUUUUGGAAGACUUCAAAAAAGGAGACACCAAAAUCUGGUCUCCUAUUUUUCCACCCUAUACAGUCUCAAAAGCAGCCUUGAACGCAUACACUAGGAUUCUGGCCAAGAAGUAUCCGAAUUUCUGCAUCAAUUGUGUGAGCCCUGGAUUUGUCAAAACAGAUAUAACCUUCAAUGUUGGCAACUUAACCAUCGACGAAGGUGCUGAAAGCCCCGUCAGGUUGGCGCUACUUCCCAACGGUGGUCCUACUGGUCUCUACUUUGGUCAGAAAGAAGUCGCUUCGUUCUGAGUACUUAAUAGUUUUUACACAAUGUAACAGAUGAAGGGACUUUCGUAAUAGGGGUGUGUGUGAUCACUUUCUCUAGAAAUUUUUAUGAUGAUUGUUAAAGAAAUUUUUCUUAGACAUUUAUAAUAAAUAAGUGUCAAUGCUGCAA